AUGGCGCGGCCUAGCCCCUUCCCCGCCCCGCACCCUGGCCCGGUGCACACACCUUACCUUGGCCCGGGCACCUGGCUCAUGCCACGCUGUCCGCCGGGCGUCUUCUCGUCAUGGGGAGCCCGGCAUGGGCGCUGGCGAAGCGGGGAGGCGGCCGAGGUGCUGGCCUGGCCGGCAGGGCCUUGCCGCGCCCCGCGCCCCGGCCUGGCCGGCCCCCUCGGCCGCGCCCAAGAGGAGCUCCCCGCCGAGGCUCGGCCUCCCGUCCCCACGAGCGCCGCUGCGAUUGGUGGAAAGUUCCUGGGCCGCGCCGCGAUUGGCCGUGCCCGGCCCGCCGCCUCCCGCUCUUGGCCCCCACGGGGCUGCCGGGCAGAGGGUCUCCUGGCCACCGCCACCUGCGCCGGCUACUCGGAGGACCGCUGCGGCUAGAGCGGCAGCGGCCUGACCCAGGAGCCGGGCAGCGUGGGGCAGCUGUCCCUGGCCUGUUCGGAGGGCACGAUCCAGUGGCUGUACCCGGCCGGGGCGCUGCGCCUGACCCUGGCCAGCUCCGACUCCCGACUCCCGCAGGCGCUCCAGCCCGCCUGCCUGCGCCGGGCGCGGCCCUUUGCAAGCGCGCCAGUCUUCGUGGAGAGGCGGGCGGGCGGCGCCCUGGAGCUGUUGCUGGCCGGGGGUUUGGGCCCAGCGCGGGGCCGAUGCGUGCGCUGGGGUCCCCGUGAGCGCCGGGCCCUCUUCCUGCAGGCCGCCCCACACCCAGAUAUCAGCUGCUGCGUGGCCUCCUUCCGCUUUGAAAUGCACGAGGACAGGUAUCCAGAACUGCCUUCACAGGCCCACGGUCUUGGUGCUGAUGGUGCCUGCAGGCCCUGCAGUGACCCUGAGCUCCUGCUGGCUGCGUGCACCAGCGACUUUGUGAUCACUGGAACUAUCCACAGGGUUGGCCACGACACAGAGCUGCAGGAGUCUGUUACCGUGGUGGCGGCUGCCCAUGUCCUCUGACAGACACUGCUGCUGUUCGGGGGUGGGGGGUGGGUGUCCGGGGGCUGCAUGCAGGCCUCCAUUCACACGCCGCUGCACUUCAGUGUCUGGACCGGCCCCGGCCCCUUCCUCUUCAUGGGCUGGAGCCACUUUGGUGAGGCCUGGCUAGGCUGUGCACGUCGCUUCCAGGAAUUCAUCUGUGCCUAUGUGGCUGCCCACACCAAUCACCUCUGCCCCGUGAGGUGGCCCUGGACUGAGGGGCCUGGGAGCAGGGCACUGAGGAGGGGCUGGUCGAGGGGGAGUAGGGAGGGUUUGCCUCCAGGUGGUACCAGCUGCUUCUGAGGUGAGAGUGAUAACCAAUGAGAACACUGAUUUCCUUAGCCAGCGUAGAUGGAGUGUCCCAUGCCUGAGCUGGCCCUUACCUCCUCUGAGCCCCCACAGCCCUGGGAACUGCUCUGAUUUCUGCUGCAGAGUAGGACACUGAGGCUCAGGGCAGUGGUGCCUUGUCUAAGGCCACCCAGCUAGUGAGUGGGAGAGUGGCCCAGGCCUAUGCCUUGGGGAGGAGCUGCUGCUUGGCCUGGAGGGAAGCAGGGAGCCUCCCCUCCAUGUGGGAGUGGGAGUGGAAAAGGGCUGUAACUCCCAAGGUCUGAGGUGGGUGUGGUCCCUUACUGGGGGGCAGGUAGGCAGACACCACUCCUAGCCUGUGAGGGAAGGGGGGUGCAAUCUGGCAGGGUGCUAGACUUCUCACUGUAGUCCGCUGGGAGCCCAGCAGAGUCAUCCUGGCCCCAUCCCAGCCUCGGGGAAGAAUGGGCCCCUCUGUCUGGAGGGCCCUGCGGUGUGCAGAGCAUCCCUACAUGGCUGGAAGCCUCGGGGAGUGGGGUCUCCCCUGUAGGGCCAGGCAUGUUGCCCAUUUCUGGAGGGCAGGGGCAUACGAUGGGGUCUCUAAGGAACCUUUCCUGCCACUGGCCCUAUUGUUGCUGCCUCUGCUUUCCUCCUCAGCCUCAGCCACACAAAAGGCCAAUGCAGUUUGGGACAAAGCCCAGGGCCCUGAGGCUGAAUGCCCCUGGGGUGGGGGUGCAUGCAGGGGCUCCUAAACUGGGGACAAGCUGCCUCUGCUCACCCCAACCCCACAACUCCCAAGAGAGCCAAAGCUCAGGUUGUGGUGGGGGGAUGCAUGGGCUGAUGCGCUUAGGCCCAGCAGCAGCGUCCCAUCCUUACCUGCUAGUCUACACUAAGAAGGGGCUGACAGUGAGGACGGAGGCCAGAGGCCGUGUCAUCUUUUAGGCAGGAACUGAGGCAGGGCCCCUUCUUCCAAAUUUGGCUGACAAUUAUGGGUAGGGGAGGUAGGCUCCUGUGGGUUUCUGCCCACCUGCCCCUGCUGAAGUUCACUGCUGCUCCCUUCUUCCUGAACUCCCAAAUAUGGGGUGCUCCGUGCUCAGGCACUAGACCUCUCCUCCUCACUGUUAAUAUUCUCUCACUGGAGAGCUGGACCAGCCUUGUGGCUUUAAAAACCAUCAGGAUGUUGAUGACCCUACAUUUUGAUCUCCAGCCUGGACCUCUUCCCUGGUCUGCAGACGGCUGUCUCCCCAUCUGCCCCCUUCCCCUCACCAAAGAGUAUCUUAGCAAAGAGCAGAGGAGAUGAGUGUACACUCCUGAUCCCCCUCCUGUUGGGAGGUUUUUGCACUGUCCAGAUGGGCCCCAAGGACGGCUUCCUCUCGAGGGCUAAGCAGCAUC